AUGGCCGCCGAACAACGAAAGCUGCUCGAGCAGCUCAUGGGCGCGUCCGUGACGUCGCAAGCCGCCAAAGUUUCCUUUUCAGACCCCAAGCUCUGCCGCUCCUACAUCGCCGGCACCUGCCCUCAUAUACUCUUCACAAAUACAAAGCAGGAUCUGGGGCCGUGUCCCAAGAUCCACUCGGAAGCUCUCAAGACUGAAUACGACGCCAUGUCGGAGCGCGACAGGAGCAAGCUCGGAUUUGAAUACGAUUACAUUCGGCAUUUGUACCAGUACAUCGACGAGUGCAACAGAGGCAUCGAGGCUGCCCAAAGGCGGUUGAAGAAGACCCCAGAAGAGAUCCGACAAACCAAUAUCAUGCUGAAAGAAAUCUCCGACCUCAACACGUCCAUACACAACGGCCUCCUCGAGGUCGAGAUCCUCGGCGCCGUGUCCGAGGUCUCGCGCGCGCAGGAGGAGCUCUUCCGCGCGCGGCAGGCCAUGCAGGCCAAGGCCGACAAGGAGCGCGAGCUCAAGGCGCUCGCCGACACCUCCGGUCCCUCGGGCCACCAGAAGCUGCAGGUUUGCGACGUCUGCGGCGCCUACCUCAGCCGCCUCGACAACGACCGCCGCCUCGCGGACCACUUCUACGGCAAGAUGCACCUCGGCUUCGCUCAGAUGCGCAAGACGUACGACGCCUUCCCACGCGAGAUGAAGGCCCGUGCAAGGACGAUGCCGUCGCACGACGAUGACGGGCCCGGCGGUGGCGGCGGCGGCGGACCGAGGGGACCGAGGGGGCAUGGGGGUGGAGGUGGUGGAGGAGGGGGGUACAGAGGGAAGGGAGGUCGCGGGUAUCGCGGCGGGUGGUAG